AUGAGUUCCAAAUCAUCCGCGAAGCCCAGAAUUAAGCACAGGAAGGGGUUAUGGUCACCUGAAGAAGACCUUAAGCUCAGGACCUAUGUCCUUAAACAUGGCCAUGGUUGCUGGACCACCGUUGCCAUCAAUGCAGGUUUACAAAGGAAUGGGAAAAGUUGCAGAUUAAGGUGGAUUAAUUACCUGAGACCUGGUUUGAAGAGAGGCAUGUUUUCGGCACAAGAGGAGCAGACAAUCUUAUCCCUUCACCAUUUGUUAGGCAACAAAUGGUCCCAAAUUGCACAAAGUUUGCCCGGAAGAACUGAUAAUGAGAUCAAGAACUAUUGGCAUUCAUAUCUGAAGAAAAGAGUUGCCAACGCUGAAGAAUCGGAAGCUCAGACCAGGAGCAUUCAAUACUCCACUACAUCAAGCUCGGAAAAUGCAGAUUCCACUUUGUCUCCUACGGACCUGCAAAUGCCGAGCUUUGAAUCCUUCCGGCAUGUCGAAAAACCGUUAAUAAAUAUCAAUCAAGCUGACACAAUGCAUUUUAACUUCUCUAAAGAGCCUCACAGAAACCCGAUUCCGAUAUUCGCAGAGUGGCUGUCGGUGGAUCAAGAAGGCGCAAGCUUUACGAAUUUGGGUGCCUCAGAUGGAUUUAGUCACGGUUCAAGUUCAAACUUCCAGGACCCCUUCGUAAAUGCAUAUCUAGGAUCAGUGGGUGAUGAUUUUCACGAUGGACUGAACAAUGCAUCAAUGAAUGAAAUGUUUAGCUCACAAUUCAAGUUCGAAACUGGAAACGAAUUCGUCGGCUUUGUAUCUGGGAAUGACAUAAACAGUGAUUUCACUAUGAACAAUGAUGUAUCGUACAUUUAAGGGCAUCUUUCCAACAGAU